GGCCGAGAAGUCCUUGACGGCGUUUCCAUCUCGAACUCUCCAUUAGCACCAGAGCUCUAGCACUCGCCUGAGAGUCAACAAAAACUAUUCAAACCCGUUCUCCAUGGGUUCCGUGAAGAGAAAGUCUUUGGAGGAAUCUUCUGAUUGUGCUCCACCACACAAGCUUCAGAGAGAAGACGAUGAUUCCACUCAAAUCGUCAACGAAGAGCUCGUGGGUUGUGUUCACGACGUCUCCUUCCCUAAAAACUACGUUCCUCUUGCUCGAGGAGACAACAAACCACCGGCCAAAGAGUUCCCUUUCACCCUUGACUCCUUCCAGUCCGAAGCUAUCAAGUGUCUCGAUAAUGGCGAAUCUGUCAUGGUUUCAGCUCAUACAUCUGCUGGUAAAACAGUUGUGGCGUCCUAUGCUAUCGCCAUGUCUUUGAGGGAGAACCAGAGGGUUAUUUACACCUCUCCUAUAAAGGCAUUGAGUAAUCAGAAGUACAGAGAUUUUAAAGAAGAGUUUUCUGACGUUGGUUUGAUGACCGGGGAUGUCACAAUUGAUCCUAAUGCCUCUUGUUUGGUUAUGACCACAGAGAUCUUGCGUAGUAUGCAGUAUAAAGGUUCAGAGGUUAUGAGGGAGGUUGCUUGGAUUAUUUUUGAUGAGGUGCAUUACAUGCGUGAUAGUGAAAGAGGUGUGGUUUGGGAAGAAAGUAUCGUGAUGGCUCCCAAGAAUUCUCGUUUUGUGUUUCUUUCUGCUACUGUGCCUAAUGCCAAGGAGUUUGCUGAUUGGGUUGCAAAGGUUCACAAACAACCAUGCCAUAUUGUUUACACUGAUUAUCGGCCAACUCCGCUUCAGCACUAUGUGUUUCCAGCCGGAGGUGGUGGGCUUUACUUGGUUGUGGAUGAAAAGGCUAAAUUCCACGAGGAAAGCUUCCAGAAGUCUCUUAACGCAUUGGUUCCUGCUAAUGAUGCUGACAAGAAAAGAGAGAAUGGAAAGUCUCAAAAGGGGUUGAUACUUGGAAAACUUGGUGAAGAAAGUGAUAUCUUUAAGUUGGUGAAGAUGAUAAUUCAGAGGCAGUAUGAUCCCGUGAUUUUGUUCAGUUUCAGCAAAAAGGAAUGUGAGGCACUUGCUAUGCAGAUGUCUAAGAUGGAUUUAAACAGCGACGAUGAGAAAGAUUCCGUAGAGACAAUCUUUACUAGUGCAAUCGAUAUGCUUUCAGAUGAUGAUAAGAAGCUACCACAGGUUUCAAAUAUUUUACCCAUCUUAAAACGUGGUAUCGGCGUUCAUCAUUCGGGUCUGCUUCCAAUUUUAAAAGAAGUAAUUGAGAUAUUAUUUCAAGAAGGUCUGAUUAAGUGUUUGUUUGCGACAGAGACAUUUAGUAUUGGAUUGAACAUGCCGGCAAAGACGGUUGUGUUUACAAAUGUACGCAAGUUUGAUGGAGACAAGUUCCGGUGGCUAUCUAGUGGUGAGUACAUUCAGAUGAGUGGUCGUGCUGGACGUCGAGGUAUUGACAAACGAGGUAUCUGCAUCCUCAUGGUUGAUGAGAAGAUGGAACCUGCGGUUGCUAAAUCAAUGCUCAAAGGAAGUGCUGAUUCUUUGAACAGUGCCUUCCAUUUGAGCUAUAACAUGCUUCUAAACCAGUUGCGGAGUGAAGAUGGUGAUCCUGAGAAUCUUCUCCGCAAUUCAUUCUUUCAGUUUCAAUCUGACCGUGCUAUCCCGGAUCUUGAGAAGCAAAUAAAAGCUCUUCAAGAAGAGAGAGACUCUAUGGUGAUUGAAGAAGAAGAAAGCUUAAAGAAUUACUAUAACCUGAUUUUGCAAUACAAGAGUCUGAAGAAGGAUAUACGUGAAAUUGUGUUCUCUCCAAAGUACUGCUUACCCUUUCUGCUGCCAAACAGAGCUGUUUGUCUCGAGUGCUCAAAUGAUGAUGGAGAGCCACAAUCAUUCAGCAUUGAAGAUCAGGAUACAUGGGGAGUGAUAAUGAAGUUCAAUAAAGUCAAAAGCUUAUCUGAAGAUGAUGAUAAUAGAAGACCAGAGGAUGCAAACUACACCGUAGAUGUACUGACUAGAUGUUUGGUCAGCAGAGAUGGCGCUGGUAAAAAGAAAAUUAAGCCUGUGCCACUUAAAGAACGUGGUGAGCCCGUUGUGGUCUCUAUUCCUUUAUCUCAGAUUAAGAGUUUAAGCAGUGCAAUCAUGAAUAUACCGAAAGAUUAUUUACAACUUGAAGCUCGAGAGAAUGCUCUGAAGAAGGUUUCUGAGUUACUCUCUAGACAUCCUGAUGGAAUACCCCUAGAUCCUGAAGUUGAUAUGAAGAUCCGUAGCAGCUCUUACAAACAGACAGUUCGUAGACUGGAGGCUGUGGAAAACCUAUUUGAAAAACACAAGAUUGCAAAAUCUCCACUCAUAGCACAGAAGCUGAAAGUUCUACACAUGAAAGAAGAGCUAACAGCCAAGAUCAAAUCACUUAAGAAGACUGUCCGAUCCUCAACAGCAUUGGCGUUUAAAGAUGAACUCAAGGCCAGAAAGCGUGUUUUACGAAAGCUAGGAUACAUAACCAGCGAUGGUGUUGUGGAGUUGAAAGGGAAGGUUGCAUGUGAAAUCAGUAGUGCAGAAGAGUUGACAUUAACGGAGCUUAUGUUCAGUGGUGUCUUCAAGGAAGCAAAGGUGGAGGAGUUGGUUUCUCUCCUCUCUUGCUUUGUGUGGCGAGAGAGACUCCCUGACGCAGCUAAACCCAGAGAAGAACUCGACAUGCUCUUCAUACAGUUACAAGACACAGCCAGGCGUGUCGCUGAAGUUCAGCUUGAAAGCAAGGUUGAUAUCGAUGUGGAGAGUUUUGUGCAUUCGUUCAGACCGGAUAUAAUGGAGGCUGUGUAUGCGUGGGCAAAAGGGUCGAAGUUUUAUGAGAUCAUGGAGAUUGCUCGUGUUUUCGAAGGGAGCUUGAUCAGAGCGAUAAGGAGAAUGGAGGAAGUUCUGCAACAGCUCAUAGUAGCUGCAAAAUCAAUUGGAGAAACACAGCUUGAAGCUAAACUAGAAGAAGCUGUUUCCAAGAUCAAGAGAGACAUUGUAUUUGCAGCAUCUCUCUACCUGUGAUUGCAUUUUGUUUGUUUAUGGCAACAAAAGCAAAGAAUUUUGUUUGUACCCUUGCUUAUUUUAUUAAUAGACUUGAUAAUUAAAGAUUAUGGAAGCACCUGAAUGCUUAAUUUCAUAAUUUUAAUUUGACCGAGGCCACAUCUUUGAUGUCUCAAAGAGACAAAGAUGUAAUAUUUACCCAAACUGCUUACAAGUUAAAG